UAGAUUUUUGCGCAUUUCAGACUUAAUUGCACAUGCAGGGUAAUGUAUGCGAAAAAACUUUUAUACAUCAACAUAGCAACGGUUAAAUGUAGUAAUAUAAACAAUUCAAAUUUGUAUUUAAAAAAAUAAUCUAACUAAAAUGUUUGUGAUCUCAUUAAUUUAUAGUUUAUAAUUAUAUUUUAAAAUUGUAUGAAGAUGUACAUAUAUGUAUAGAAUUGCAUUUUGCAACAAUUAUAAAAGGCAGUUCCAGAAACCUGAUAUAUGUCAUCAAAAAUCUCUUGUGUGUUGAGAUUUCUAUAAUAGGUUAGAUACAUACUAAGAGGGAGUAUGAAUUCCUGCAAUAAUUUCCACAUCCUAAACCAGAAACAAUGAAUCGCAAGAUCUAUUAUUCCCGGUCAAGCGUGAGCGUGUCCUGAACGGGCACAAAGAGAGUGCCCUAUGAAUACUAAGGGCGGUGAUUUGCCGAACCCUCUCACCGGAAAAUGGAAAUUUAAUGAAAGCUAACGCAGGGUACUGCAGUUUGCGAGGGCGGCCAAAUCGUUUAUAGAACUACUAGCUUCAGUUGAAAAUCAUUUAAAUCAUUUAUAGUACUAUAAAUGAUUGGGCGUUUCGAAUUUGAAAAACAAUUUAUUAAGUUUGAAGAAAUCUAGUGAUAGAUUAAAAAAAUAUAUAUUAUAUUUAAUAUAAUGCAGAAGAAUUAAUAGUGGAUUUUGUUCAAAUCUUUUGAUUUCAUCAUUAAAAUAUGAAUCAAAGCGAAAUUAAGCAUCAAAUGGAAGUACUGGAAACUCCAGGAAAGUCUGGCCUAACUACAGAAGUGAUGGAGGAGUUCAAGCACUUCUGGAGCAAGGACUUCGAGGUGGUCCAUCGCGAGCUCGGCUGCGCCAUCAUCUGCAUGUCUAACAAGUUCUCACUGUUGAAGGAUGACUCCAGGAUCCAUCACGUCAAUAUGAAUGAAUACGUCAAGAGUUUCCCUAACGGUGAGAUCCUUUCGGAGAAGAUGGUGAGCCUGAUCCACAACUGCGAGAAGCAGUACGACGACAUCACGGACGACUGCAGCCGCGUGGUGAAGGUGGCUGCAUGCUUCAAGGCGGACGCGACCAAGGAAGGCAUCGCCCCUGAGGUCGCUAUGAUCGAAGCGGUCAUUGAGAAGUACUGAGAGUUUGUUGAGUAAAGUGUUUCAAUAGC